AUGUUCUCUCCGACAAAGCACGAGGACAUUGAAAUGCAACCAGAAGGCCAAGAUCCGCAAAGUCUCGACAGAACCCUCGAAGACUACAUCCGCGAGUGCUCGCUUAGGAUUACCCCGGCGCUGUCUGCUUUCGCUAAGAGCAAGACCAUGGGGGACUGGACAGCCGCCGUCGCCGAUCUGAACGUGCCCACUGAUUAUAUGGAAUUUCUCAAAUCACUUCGCAUCCCUCGGCUUCCCGAUACAAACCCGUCCCUACUUCUUCAUGAACUUGGGAAUGAGGAUCAUCCGGCCGCUGCUCCGUUACGCAUAUCGAACAUAUUUCAUUCAGGGAAACACACGGUCUUCGUCAAUAGCCCGGCCACAGGCAAGACACGCUUGCUAUACGAAGGUUUAUGCAAGAAUUGGGGCUUCUAUGUCUCUUGCAAUGGCAAGCCACCGCGUCUCAGCUCGAGCGAUGUGAACGUGGGUGUCCGGCUGGCCGGUCUUCAAGAAAAGCCUAGAGUCAAUGCCACUGACUCUGCCCGGAGGCAAAUCGUCGACACCAACGUCGAGAAAAUGCGCGACCUCUCGGCUCGUGUGCUAUUAUCUCGACUAACGGUUUUCAAAGUCUAUCUGUCGAGUCUUCCAGGCGCGCGCGACCCAAAAUAUCGCAAGCGCUGGCUUCUCCUACAAAUCGCGCCAAGGCUUAUGGUGCGCGAAGAUGUAUUCGACAGCCUUGCCUUCGACAUGAACACCGGCGACGCGACACCGGGAUUUGUUGAGCGAAUGAUAGCGGAAACUCUCGGCGAGAUUCGUACGAUCAUCGGCGUAAACGAACCGCUCUUCUUCGUCGUGGAUGAUGCAAACGUCAUCAGCGACUUGGCCUCCGGGGCCUUCGGAUCGUCCAGCUGUCUGCGAGAGUUGACAAGGCUUUGGGAAGACUGCGAUGGUCUGACCGUGGUUUUGAGCGGAGUUCCCUUCGAUAUGGGCCCUUUCUGCGGUGCUUCAUACCGAAUCUGUACCGACACGGGAACAUUCUCGGAUGUUGAGGAUCAGCGUAGGUUCAUACAUCGUUAUCUUCCUCCAAGCCUGCGCGCGACGGAGGACGGGCAGAAAUUGGUCAACAGGAUAUGUUUGUGGUUCAGAGGACGAUACGGCCUGACUGCCUCGUUUCUCACCUCUCUGCUCAUGGGGCGCCUGCUAUUCCCCCACACAUUGCUCUCCGCGUACAUUGCCGUCAAUGCACGUGUCGAACCCGAAGACUCCCCGCUAAGCAGGGAUAGGCUUGUCCGCACAGGGCACGAAAGGCUUGUUCAUGGGCUUGAGGCGUAUGACCCCGUCACGGCCCUUCGGGGUGAUGUUGAAGCCUGGUUCACUGCGCACAUGGUCAUGCACAGGAUGCUCGUGUUCGGCGAAGAAGGUUACCAGUCAAAAAAUGAUUGCCUCCAUAUCGUUUCCUGCGCUCUCGGUGCCUUCCUUGACGCGGAUGGCUCAGAAGUCGUUGUCGACGAGCCUAUGUACAUUUUCCCGCUCAUCGAUAUCUUUUUUCGCGCGGGAAUCGGGCCUGCCUAUGGCUUCCUCGCGACGGCGGCUUCAUCUGUACUCCUCUCCCCCCCGCUGCACCACUCGAUCCACCUUUCAUUCCUCACUCUCCUGCUUCUUACACUCAAGGGUAAUCGCCGGCUUUCCGACCUUUUCCUAUCCAACGACCUUGAUGCCCUGCCAUGCUCAAACAAGCCAUGCAAGCUCGUUUGCUUGAAGCGGGACGAGAGCAACGGGAAAUUACGCGUCACGCCCUUCAUCACUAGCUUCCCGGAGACGGAGUGCGCCGAAAGAUGGGCAACGGAGUCUCCAGAUUGGCUGCAGCACGCUGGGACAGAGCCCUUCUGCGUUGCGAAGCAGUUCAGUCAUGCGGACCUCCUUUUCGUCGUUCAGCUGGAGGACGGCAGCCUGCUCCCCAUCGCGCUGAAGAUCAUCUUGAAGAACGCUCAGAUUCACGUCUCGACAGCGGAAGUCGAAGAACAUCUGUCGCGCUUGACGUACGAGCGCAUCUUUGAGAAGUUCGAUCACCUAGACGCUCGCAAGGGCAUAUUUGCCUCCGGUGCGCCAGGAGUUGCAGAUGGGUUGGUCGUGCGACCGAUGCUACGAGCAUUCGCGACUGACCCGGACACGACUUACAUCAACCGGCGACCCGACAGCUCCUCGCAGCUCGUUGCUACCCUCAAUGUCAGUGUCCUGAAUAGGGCUGCAGCUGAUAUCCCUUUUAGUAGUGUAUAUACGCGACUGCACGCAGCGCUUAUGCAACCGCGGAAGCAGCGCCUUGUAGGCGAUGAAUCUUUGCAGGUGGAGGAGGCGGUCGAAAGUUAUCGUGCACGUGUACCGGACCCAAGAAACAUGGAUAGGCCAGAACUUGAGCAUCAUUCAAUAUCACAGACAUCAAGAAAUAGAGACGAAGGUUGGAUGCAAGUUGAAGACGAUAUCUUCGGCGGUCACACCGAUUCACCGGGUGCGCCACAACAUCACGGCGUGACGGUCACCGCCCUUCUUAGCUUCAACGGUCGAUUCAGCGGUCAUCGGAUUCGCAGCUACUGGUCGCCCCAUUGGUUGGCGCUCUUACUUCGUGGAAGUCAGAUCCAAACACCAGAGGACUCGCGACUUGUGACGGAAAACAAUCAGGACGAAUCGACAUUGGACCGUUUCGCUCAACCAAACUCAACUGGUGAGGGUUCAACGAGAGAGCUUUGCAGCACUAGGUGCGUGCCGUUGAGCGCUUUCCUUGUCGUGGUACUCCUCACAAACAGUUCAGGUCUUCAGCCACAUAAGAUGCAAUCGCCAAAACCCCAAACACAGCAUGACAGAGCUGUCGUAGACUGUAUACAAGAAUAUACCGCCAGUAUCACUCCGUCCUUGUCCGCUUUUGCAACCGGCGAGGCUGGCUUCUCCGAUUGGACAGCCGCCGUCGCCGACCUUGACGUGCCCACUGAGUAUAUGGAGUUCAUGCGGUCACUUCACAUACCUUGUCUCCCGAAUACCAACCCUUCGCUGCUCCUACAUGAGCUCGGGUGCGCAAGCCAUCCGGCGGCUGCUCCUUCGCGCCUAUCAAGUAUAUUCCAUCCUGAUCAACACACUGCCUUCGUCAAUAGCUCGGCGACGGGAAAGACACGGCUGUUGUACGAAGGCUUAUGCAAGCAUUGGGGUCUCUAUGUCUCUUGUAACGGCAAACCACCACGUCUGAAUUCAGGCGAUAUACUCGCGGGUAUCUCGCUUGCCGAUCUGCAAGAACUGGAUGGCGUCGACGCCACUGACUCCGCCCGGGUCCAGAUCUCUGAGACCAACGUCGAGCAAAUGCACGACCUCUCUAUUCGUGUACUCUUAUCCCGACUCACGAUCUUCAAACUAUAUCUGGCGAGCCUCCCGGACGCGCGCGAUCUCAAAUAUCGCAAGCGCUGGCUUCUGCUUCAGAUCGCACCGAGGCACAUGGUGCGCGAAGAUGUGUUCGACGGGCUCGCAUCGCGGCUGGACAUACGCCACACGACGCCGGGCUACGUUCAACAGAUGAUCGAGGAUACUCUACGCGAGAUCCGCUCUUCCAUCGGCAUGAACGAGCCUUUAUUUUUCGUCGUCGAUGAUGUACACGCCAUUAGUGACCAGUUCUCCGAGGCUUUCGGCACAUCCACUUGUUUACGAGAACUGACAAGAUCCUGGGAGGGUUACGAUGGCCUGACUAUGGUUCUGAGCGGAGUUCCCUUUGACAUGGCUCCCUUCCGCGAUGCUUCUUAUCGCCUGUGCGUAAACACGGGCUCUUUCUCUGAUGUAGAGGAUCAACGGCGGUAUAUACGACGUUACCUUCCUCCAAGGUUAUGCGAGACAGAGGACGGGCAAAAGCUGAUCAAUCGCAUAUGUUUGUGGUUCAGGGGACGAUAUCGCUUGACUGCCUUAUUUCUCACCUCUCUGCUUAUGGGGCGCCUUCUAUUCCCCCAUACCUUGCUUUCUGCGUUCAUUGCGGUCAAUGCGCGGGUCGAGCCCGAUGACUCCCCGCUCACCUGGGAUAGACUCGUUCGUGCGGGGCACGAGAGGCUUGUUCAUGGGCUUCGGGUCUAUGAUCCUGUCGCAGCUCUCAACAAUGAUAUCGAAGGUUGGUUUACUGCGCACAUGGUUCUGCAUAGGAUGAUCGUAUUCGGCGAAGAAGGCUUCAAGUCGACGGAAAACUGCGUGCAACUCGUGAGCGGUUCUCUUGGCGCCUUUAUCAAUGCGGAAGGCUCGGAGGCCAUUGUUGAUGAACCUAUGUACAUCUUCCCUCUAGCCGACAUCUUCUUUCGGGCAGGCAUAGGGCCCGCCUACGGGUUCCUCGCGAAGACAGCUUCAUCCGUGCUUCUCUCUCCCCCACUGCACAACUCGAUCCACCUUUCAUUCCUUACUCUUCUGCUGUUCGCACUCAAGGGGGACCGCUGCCCUUCUACUCUCUUCCUAUCCAACGAGCUUUGUACCCUUCCAUGGGCGCACAUGUCAUGCAAGCUCGUUCGCGUGACGCGGGACGAAAGCGACGGAAAAUUCCGUGUCAGGCCCUUCAUCACUGGCUUCCCGGAGGCGGAGUGCGACGAAAGAUGGGCAACGGAGUCUCCAAUCUGGCUGCAGCACGCCGUGCCAGAGCCCUUCUGCGCUGCGAAGCAGUUCAGCCAUGCUGACCUCCUCUUCGUCGUUCAGCUGCAGGACGGCAGCCUGCUCCCCAUAGCGCUGAAGAUCAUCUUGAAGAACGCUCAGAUUCAUGUCUCGACAGCGGAAAUCGAAGAACAUCUGUCGCGCUUGACAUACGAGCGCAUCUUUGAGAACUUCGAUCAUCUUGACGCUCGGAAGAGCAUAUUCGCCUCCGAUGCACCAGGAGUUGCAAACGGUUUGGUCGUGCGACCGAUGCUACGAGCAUUUGCGACGUACCCGGACGCGACUUACAUCAAUCGGCGACACGACAACUCCUCGCAGCCCAUUGCAGCCCUCAACCUCAGUCUCCUGCGAGGGGUCGCAGCUGAUAUUCCCUAUAACAGUGUCCUAAACCGGCUGUACGCAGCGCUUAUGCUACCGCGGAAGCAGCGCCUUGUAGGCGACGUUUCUUUGGAGGUGGAGGAGUCGGUUCGCAGUUAUCGUGCGCGUGUACCGUACACUCAGAAAUCGUGAGGUCUGAGAUGUUUCUUAGGAUGCAACUUCGUCCGGGUCCGGUGAUAGUCCUCGCCAUUCGUAGCGUUGAACAGCUGAUUAUCAUGCGCCAGUCUUUGCGACACGCAAGAU